UCAAAUACUCCGAAAUCCAUACAGUGAUCCAGACCUGUGAAAACAAAGAAAAACCCUAGAAAUAUAGGCCACAAAACCCCAACCCAACAUUACCACAAUGCCUUCGAAAUCUAGGGCAACCCAAUUGGAUUCCGUAACCCUAGCGAUGUCCGGCGAUUCUUCGGACGACGAUUUUCAGAACCCUACCCAAGUCAUCUCCCUCACCCAAAAUCUCAUCUUCUCUUCAUUCCAAAACCGCACCUCACAGCCUCUUAAACUAUCCAAUUCCGCAGCACCACUGAAGAAACCGAAGUCCGCACCCACCGGUAGGAAGAAUAAUUCCAAAAUUCCGAAAAAUCCAAAAGGACCAGAGCUCGAUGUCGGCAUUUCCAGCGAAUGCAGUGCGGAUCGCCGGAAACCCGACGAUUAUCCGAGCUUGCGACCUCUAAGACCGUUGAAUGCUGCAGGAGCACCGAAGAAAUCAAAGCCAGCAGCGUCUGUGGGGAAGGAGAAUUGUGGAGUUAUGGAAACCCAGAAAGACCCAGUUGUUGGUUUCGAAAUCGCUACCGAACCGAGCAAGGAAACAGGGAACGGAUCGAGGAAUCAGCAUUUUAUGAAUACGAUCAAAGCAGAAGUGUUGGAAUCGAGCAUGAGUUGCAGUUCUGCAAUUGGGAAUGUGGGAUUGUUGAAGAAACCAAAGCUGGGGGACGCAGGCACGGCAGACAAUUGUGAAAUUACGAAAAGCCCAGAUGUUGAUUUUGGAGUUUCUAUCGGAGGCAAUGGUGAAACUGGAUUUAAGUGGAAAAGUGGGCAUUAUUCGAAUUCGAUUGAAUCAAGGUUGUUGGAACCAAUGGUUGAAAAUGACGGAUUGGGAGGGGACAGUAUUGGAGAUUUUGAGCCAGGUACACAGUUGAAUGAUCUGAUGAACCUUUGCUCGGAUAUGGGCGAGGAAGAAAAUCCGAAUGGGGGUGUUUUUACAGAAGGAGAUAUCGGUACCAACAAUUUCACGAUGAGGAGCAGUGUUGUUGAGUGUCCAUUGUGUGGGGCCGAUAUUUCGGAUUUGAGUGAGGAAUCACGUCAGCUGCACACAAAUGAUUGUCUCGAUAGAGAUGAGAUUUCGAAGAUAAUUAUUCCAAGCGAUAGCGUGGGCCCUGAUUCGCCGCAACAACAGGUUGUUGAUGUCUCCCCUGUUCUCGAAUGGCUGCGUAAUUUGGGUUUAUCCAAAUACGAGGAUGCUUUUGUUAAAGAAGAGAUUGAUUGGGACACCCUACAAUGGCUGUCAGAAGAGGACUUACUCAGUAUAGGCAUUACUGCACUUGGUCCGAGGAAGAAGAUUGUGCAUGCACUUAAAGAGCUUAAAAGAAACAUCCAUGGGCAUGAAUCAAACAUGGAUACUUCUAGAACUAGAACCAGUGAGAACAAGAGUCUCUUUCUACCUGGAAAUAAGUUGAUUACGCAGUUUUUUGAAGGCCCAUCUGCUGUUGAUAGAAAUAGAAACAGCGGGCCACCCAAAUCACAGCAUAGGGUAGAAAGAAGUAAUAAUGAUUCUGGCCGUAAGAGGGCUACAGUUAGACGUCGUGCUAGUAGCGGAAGACUCAGAGACAUACCUCCAUGGUGUUGCAUACCAGGAACACCAUUUCGAGUGGAUGCUUUCCGCUAUUUAAGAGGAGAUUGCUCCCAUUGGUUUCUUUCGCAUUUCCAUACAGACCAUUAUCAGGGUCUUACGAGGGGAUUCUGCCGCGGGAAAAUCUAUUGCUCCUCAAUCACAGCAUGCCUUGUAAAUAUGAAGAUAGGGGUUCCAUGGGAUAGGCUGCAAGUCCUACCCCUCAACGAGAAAAUUAACAUUGCUGGUGUUAAUGUCACAUGUUUGGAUGCGAACCACUGCCCUGGUUCGGUAAUUAUUCUUUUCGAACCACCCAACAGCAAGGUGGUCUUACACACUGGGGAUUUCCGAUUUACUGAGGAAAUGACAAGGAUACCUGUUUUUCAAUCAUGUUCCAUCCACACUCUCAUCCUCGAUACGACUUACUGCAACCCUCAGUAUGACUUCCCGAAGCAGGAGGCAGUGAUACAAUUUGUGGUCGACGCUAUUCAAGCAGAAGCUUUCAACCCAAAAACUCUAUUUCUAAUUGGUAGCUACACAAUUGGCAAAGAGAGACUGUUUUUGGAAGUUGCUCGAUGCCUGCGAAAGAAGAUAUAUGUUGGCGCAGCAAAAUUACGGCUGCUCCAAUGCCUGGACCUUCCUGAGGAAGACAUGCAGUGGCUUACACUGAAUGAAUGCGAGAGUCACAUUCACGUUGUGCCCAUGUGGACGAUCGCCAGCUUCAAACGGAUGAAACAUAUAUCGGAUCAAUACUCUGGUCGCUUCAAUCUGAUUGUUGCGUUCUCUCCUACCGGUUGGACGUUCGGCAAAGGGAAGAAGAAAUCUCCAGGGAGAAAGUGGCAACAGGGUACUGUCAUCAGGUACGAGGUCCCAUACAGUGAGCAUUGCAGCUUUACGGAAUUGAGAGAAUUCGUGCAGUUUCUAUCACCUGAGAACAUAAUCCCAAGCGUAAACAAUGACGGCCCAGAGACUGCCGAUGCCAUGAUUGCUCUUCUUAUGUCCGAAUCUUAAGACCCGAAAUCUUUUGCAGGGAAGGAUGUAUAUGAAAGGCCCAGAUCAUUUGAUCAGUCAUUUGUACAAGAUAGAGAGAAUCAUUGUGGCCUAACAAUUGAAAUGUGGAAAUCAUUCACUUGCAACUUAUAUCAUGAAUGUAUGUCGUUUGGAAUAUAUAACUGUCGAAUCAAACCCGUACCAGGUCUUGACUCGCCGAUUGGUCGGAUCCAGUCCGACUCAGGCUGGCUUGGGAUGUUUGACUUGAGCUACAGCUUGGUUUGAAGUAUUCAUUGAGUGGAACUGAAAUGAGGCUGUAUAACUUGACUCAGUAUGACAGAGUUUUAUGGCAAGAAAAAGGUUUAUUCUCAA